GAGCACUUAGGCGGGCUGGACUGCCGAAGCGAAAGGGUUAAACAUUUGCAGCUGAGGUGUUUUUCACUCGGGCGAGUCAACAACUCGAGAUGACUUUCCGCAUACUUGAAUGACGAAAUGGGCGAUAGAACGCCGUCUCAAUGCUAUUCGGAUAUGAGGAAGCUCGUCCCCUCGUCAGCCUUCAACGACUUAGUGCUGGCGACCUGGAAGAAACACCUCCCAGCGAUACUCAACAAGUACUGACUGCGUUGAGGAUAACGGAAACGAACGCCCUGAUCAAGGUGGCCGACAACAUCCACAGGAGGCACACCGGAAGCCGGAAGCACCCGAAUCACAACAGCCCGGCCUCUGUUACUUCCACGCGACGUUCCAGAAAAAGCCUACGUGACCUUGACCACGAACGGUUGCAGAACAUGUGCGUGGUGGGUCUAAGAAAAGACAAAAGGGAUGCGAGAGCAGUCAGAGAGUGUGAAUCGAGAAGUCAUUGUGCUGUCAAGAGAGUGUGGUCCUCGUGAGAGAGAACGUUGAAUCCGUUGUGGCGAGAGUUGCAAGUGAACCACUGAAUUAAUCUAGAUUAUAGCGCGUUAUUGUGACUAGUUCAUGUUAAACAACCAUCGUUCUUCUGUCUAAUCAACAUCUGUACAAUCCAUACAUUCUAAAUAAAUCAUAAAUAUCAGAAUAUAUAAUAAUAAUAUAUUCCGCGAUAUUACACAAAUGCUUCGAUCCUUUUGCUUGAUCGAAUUAAGAAAGAAUUAAAAAAUAUGUCAGUUAUAUGAAACAUAGGAUUUUGUUAAAAAUACAUUAUUUCUGUAUGAGGCGAUAUGUUAUUCAAAGCUAUUUAAUAUUGUUUCAUACAAUCUUUUCUAUGUUUUAUAAAUGUAUAUAUGUUUUUUAUGACUUACUAGGCACUAAGUUUAAACUUGGAUAACAAUUUUUAAAAGACAAAUUCACAGUUCGUUUUAAAAUUGUUUAUCAUUGUAUCUAUCUAUUGGAAACAUUUCCUGAGUCACUAUUUUAUUCCAUUCCAUAAACACUGUUAUAUUGGAUUUGUUAAUUUGGUUAUAUAGAUUUAUUGAAGCUGUUACACUGUUUAAAAAUUCGUAGCGGAAUUCGAGAAGUAUUCAAUUUUCUUUUGUAUGUAUUGUUGUAUUUACUGUUCAAUGUACUUUAUA